CUGCUUUGCUCCUCAGCUGCUUGUGGUCUCCCAACCGCCGCAUCCUAUUCGCUCUCUCGCUUACGCUCGGGCUGCCUCGGGCUUGCAGAUUCUUCUUGCUCGGGUUGCUUUUGCGUUCGGAUUGGCUGCCUACGCUCUCGGGCUGUUCCGUUUUGCCUUUCCCCGAUUGGGGGCGGCGGAAUGUUUUCCAGAUGUUUAUCAUUUGGACUCUUCACACCAUUUCUUCUCCGCAUCCUCCUCCAAUCGAUAUUUACCACCCUUGUUCGAGCUUUUGGAAGUCGGAACUGGUCACACUAGAUGACACAUCAAUGGGAGGCUGUGCCCUGACCGCGGUAUCCUUUCAUCCUCCCGCGAACCGAGUGCUUUCGAGUGUCCUUGCUUCGAGAUUUCCAAACCAUGUCCAAGUUCCAAAUACAGGUGCAUAGCAGGCCGUGUAUCGCAUCCUGUUAGUCAUCCCGAACUCGGCAUCGUUCAUCAUGGAGCUUUGUCCGAUAUUCGCAUUCCAGAACCCCAUUCAUCUGAGUUCGCCGCAAUGUAAGGUGACAGACGCGGACCCCUCCCUCCUGCACUUACUUGCUUGCGGGAUGCUCAAUAUAGACGCGGAGACGGAUCCGAGUGUGACAGACGCCAGCUGGA